UGUUCAUACAAAGAAAAUGAUGUGGUCAACAAAGAUGGCGAUUAUCCAAAAGUUUAAUAAUCCGAAACGUGAAUCAUGAGAUUUUCCAAUCUCGAGGCUUUUCUUUCUCCGGCGAAAACAAGUCUUUACUACUUCCCGUCCGAUCUUUCUACACUCCUCUCUGGCACACCCAGAAAUUCAAAUUUGAAGCAGAAAUAGAGAGAGAGAGAGUUUUCCAUGGACGCGAUUCAACACACCACCAUCAAAACCAAUGGCAUCAAAAUGCACAUUGCCUCUGUAGGCAAUGGCCCCGUCGUUCUUCUUCUUCACGGCUUCCCCGAGCUUUGGUACUCAUGGCGCCACCAACUUCUCUACCUUUCCUCCGUCGGGUAUCGAGCCAUCGCGCCGGACCUCCGCGGCUAUGGCGACACCGACUCCCCCGAAUCGCAUACUUCCUACACCGCCCUUCAUAUUGUCGGCGAUUUGGUUGGGGCUUUGGAUGAGCUUGGGAUUGAGAAGGUGUUUCUUGUAGGCCACGAUUGGGGGGCGAUCAUCGCUUGGUACUUUUGCUUGUUCAGGCCUGAAAGAAUCAAAGCCUUGGUGAAUCUGAGCGUCCAGUUCUUCCCUAGAAAUCCGGCAAUUUCUUUCAUCCAGCGUUUCAGAGCUGCGUAUGGUGAUGAUUUCUAUAUGUGCAGGUUUCAGGUUCCAGGAGAGGCAGAAGCAGAUUUUGCCUGCAUUGACACUGCUCAACUGUUCAAGACAACGCUAUCUAAUAGAAGUACAAAGGCUCCUUGUUUGCCUAAAGAAUACGGAUUUCGCGCCAUCCCACCGCCAGAAAACCUUCCUUCUUGGUUGACAGAAGAAGAUAUCAACUAUUAUGCUGCCAAAUUCAAGGAGACAGGCUUCACUGGAGCAUUGAACUACUAUCGCGCUUUUGACUUCUAUAUCUUGUGGAAGGCUAUGGAGUUUAAUGGAGGUUUUGUUGCAGAACUUGGGAGCUUACAGCGCCAUGGACGGGAGUGCAGAUUCAGGUACCCGUGAAAUUCAUCGUAGGCGAUUCGGAUUUAACUUACCAUUUUAAAGGAGCCAAGGAAUAUAUCCACGAGGGCGGGUUCAAAAGGGACGUGCCAUUGCUGGAGGAAGUAGUAAUAGUGGAAAAUGCUGGUCACUUUGUCCAUGAAGAAAAGCCACAUGAAAUUAAUACUCACAUUCACGACUUCAUCAAGAAAUUUUGAACAACAUUUCCAUUACUAACCCAUGUUAGUUUCUGUUCGAUCUGGAAACUUUUGAUGCUUUCAGCUGUUUGUCAUUUUGUUAAGCCUUCGGAAAGCAACAAGGAGCAAGAACAGUCAAAUCUGUGUUUGGAAUAUUUUUCUUAAUUUAUGUAGUUAAACAAUGGGUUUUUUUGACUUUCUCAAUAGUAAAUUUUCGUUUGUAUUUCUCAA